CAAAAACAAUCUUACAUAAACGCAAUGAAGAACAACAAAAAGAGCAAUAUAAAGAUGAGUUCAGGCUGUUCAGCACAAGAAAGUGGUAGUAGUACUACAAACAUCGUUAUUACAGAGACGAGGAAUAAGAAGGUAGAGAGGAAUGCAUCAAUGGACGUGGACCAGUGCGCGGAAGCUUUCAUCACAAAUUUCAGAAAGCAGCUUCUUCUCCAGCGUCUGGAAUCCAUUGAAAACAUGCUCUCCAAGGGACUUUAAGACUAGUUUGUUAAUAAACACUUGUAUGUGUGUAUGUAUUACUCCUCAUGUAUUAUUUCCUUCUGUUAUAUGCGCUGACUAGCUACUACGGUCUAGAAUGCAUUAACCAAGAGAGAAUAACAGCCAGUUUUAUAUGGUUUUGACUUCAAAUUAGUUGGUAAUGAAUAAAUUCAUGUAUGUUAUUUAUAUACUAGUCUGU